AUGUUUACAGCCUCCGCCAUUACUGAUGUCAAUCCAAGCACUGCGAACCAAACAUUGUCCAUUCAACAAAUUUCUGAAUUUUGGAGAGAUUUUCUAACCAUUUCCAGCGGAUCUUCAAUUUUGAAAGAGCUCAUUCCCAAAUACCAAAAUGUUAAAUUGACCAACAAUAUUCUUUAUGCACAGUAUCGUGGCUUUCCUUCUCGUUUUCACGCAGAAGUAUUUUACAACAUGGCCAAUGAAAGAUUGGAUUGUGAAAAUAUGAGUGAUUUUAUUUCUGCAUAUUUUUCCCUCUCAGAGAAGCCACAAGAAUUGAAAGAACUCUACAAUAGAAUUGUGAAGAGGAACAUCAAACAAUUGGCAACAUUUGUUGAUUCUGAAACACCUAAAAUAAUGAAGAGAAAGCUUUUGCAAGCUUCACCAGAACAUUUCAAAAGAAUUCCCUACAUUCUGAUUCAUGGAAGAUAUUUGCCUCAACAAGCAGCGUUCUUGCUGUAUCAUUGGCUGGAGUUUAUCGAACAAUCAUUAGAAAAUAGAGAGAAGGACAUUAUGAAUCGUGACGAGAAUGAAUGGAUUCCUCUUAUUUCUGCUCGAUUGACUCUGAUUCAAAGAUUAAAGAAGGCCAUCGUUUGGUAUACUCAUGGUGAGACUGACAAGAUUGAGAAUUACAUUAAUAGGAAAAAUAAUUCAGAUGUAAAACCAUCAUUAAGGGGAUCUUGUAUGCCCGAUCGAUUCAAACCCUUGAUUGCUCUUCCUAAAAUUAAUUUCCUAGUGGUCAAUAAGAUUUUGUCAGAUGCUGACUUGCAACCCAUUAGCAUUGAAAAUAUGAACACCAUUUCAGAGUAUUAUAAUUUAUUGGACACUUUAGAAAACCUAUGUGGUGUUGGAGAGCAGUGUGUUCUUAAAUACAUUUUGAGAAAUCGAAAGAAUUCUCCACCAACCAAAACGGCCGUGUAUUUCAAUCUUCUAAGCCAUGAAGAGAGAAAGAACAAGCUACAUAAGAGUUUAUGGCACUUUCGCAAGUAUAACAAGUGUUUGGCAAUUGUUGGCAAGUUGAGAGGAAGAUUGGAAACUUGUUUUGAUCCUUUCGUUACUGGACAAGCGGCUCGAGUCGAUAAGAGUGGAAUGAUGACUUUGAAUUUCAAAACUCAUCACUAUUAUUUCAACGAAAACAGUGUCGAGUCCAUUCUCAAGGGCAUUGAUAUUCCUUCGUUGAUUUUUUCUUGUGUUGCAGUGAGUUUAUUUUCAGUAAGAAAGCAAUUUACAUUAAGGAGCCAAAUGCAAGGUUCGUUAGAUCCAUUCUUGUCCUAUAUUCUAAACAUUUGCAAAAGUAGAGCAGGAGACACUCAAUGGGAUCUGAUCGCUUCAAUUCAUCCUUUGGAAGAUGUCAUGUGUAACUUGAACAAGGAAGAGGCUCAACACGUGUUAACACAAGUGAUUUCCUAUCAGAUUCCAUUGGCAAAAUUCAUGAAGGCUCAAUGGGAGAAAGGUGUUAAAGACUGUGUUCAAUCAAAUAUGAAAGUUCCUAGAUCUGGAUCGUCAUCAGUCAACUCCACAGGAUGGAAUGUUGUUGUGGGCGCUUAUUGCAACAGUCUAAGAUUCAUUAGAGCCCUAUCCCGUUCCUUAGAUACCAAGCCUCCCCUUCUAAUCAAAUCAAUGAGACUGACUGCAGCAGAUCAAAUGUAUUGGGCAAAAUUGUAUGGCCUUCCACUUUGCUCUGAUCUACUUGUCUUUCAAGCUUUGACAAGUAUUGGAAUUACUCCCUGGGAUAUUAUUUUAAACCAAGUUGAAAGCGUUUCUGCGGAACAAAUAAUCAAGAUUUGUGAAAAACAUAAGGUUGAUCCUUCAGGUUGGUUAGGUAUUCGUGAAUCAAAACAUCGAUACACAGACAAAUCUUCCACUGCAUAUCAAGACCAAAUCUGUGGUGUUUGUGUACCAAGUAUUCAAUACGUUCAAAUGAUUCUGAAAACAUUAGGAGCAUUUGGAUAUAAAUCUAAAAAUUGA